AUGGAAGCACCACCUUACAGCUCUGAAGGCGCAGAGCUCUCCCUUAACCGGGUCUCUUUCCUCCGCUCCAACACCUCCUUCCUCCGUGCCGCCCUCCCCGCAUCCCGCUUCCUCCUCCUCCGCGGCCUCGACCCCCUCGCAUCCUCAAAAACAAACCUCGGAUGGGUCAAAUACGACUCCGUUUCCUCCCUGAUCGGGAAGCCAUAUGAUCUCGACGAAGAAAAGACCAUCGAGGCCUUUGACUCCCGGGUUAGUGCGCCAACACUCAUAUUCCUCGGUCUCGAUGAGAAAGCCACGGACUCAACGUUCGAGUACAGUGGCGCCGGUGGAAACUACAAGGGGCAGCCCUUCUUUGCACUGGAUGUUAGUCCUAAGGAAGGGGAAUUGAAGGAGAAGCUUGAGAAGGUUGCAGAGGAGGCGGUAAAGGAACCCGGAUAUGAGUUCCGUAAAGUUAGGAUCGACUUGAGUUUGGUUCCAGGUGAUGCCGCGAUUCUGGCGCACGCAAGAAGCUUGAUGGACUGGAACAGCCGCAACCAGUUCUGUGCUGCGUGCGGAGGACGUACAAUCUCGGUCCAUGCUGGAACGAAGAGGACAUGUCCUCCAUUCGACAAGGCGUUCCAAAAGUCUCCAAACGAUGCGUCAUUCGAACGCCCGCCCUGUGUCUCCCGAAAGGGGGUCCACAACAUUGCUUUCCCCCGAACCGACCCCACCGUAAUCAUGGCGAUCCUCAACGCCGCCGGGACGCACCUCCUCCUCGGCCGCCAGCGCCGCUGGCCCCCCAACUUCUACAGCACCCUCGCCGGCUUCUGCGAGCCCGCCGAGUCGCUCGAAGAAGCCGUCCGCCGCGAGACCUGGGAAGAGUCCGGCGUCCGCGUUGGCCGCGUCGUAAUACACUCCACCCAGCCAUGGCCCUACCCAAACAACCUCAUGAUCGGCGCCGUCGGCGAGGCCCUGCCCGACGGCGAGAAGAUCGAGCUCAACCACGACCCCGAGCUCCAGGACGCCCAGUGGUUCCCCAUCGAAAAAGUCAAGGCUGCGCUGGAGGCGCCGCAGAAUGGGCUUCAUGAUGCACCCCCGGAGGGGUAUAAGGAGGGUGAUUUGAGACUUCCGCCGGCUACGGCGAUUGCGCAUCAGCUCAUGUUGGCGGUCGCCAAUGGAUUCCAUCUCCCGUCCUCGGAGGUCGCGGCUACAGCUGCUAAGAUUUGA